CAGUGUCACCGAGAUGUUGAGAGCAUCAAAUUAAUAGUCGUAUUAUAGAGGAUCAGAGAGAAGUCAAUAAUGUGGUUCACGAGGUGUUGGUUAUUGGCGACGGCACUGGUCGCAGCGGUCGUGUUGUGGCCGACCACUGUACAAGGCGAUAAGUACCACAAGAGUGAUGGUGGGAGUGCGUGGAAGACGCGGGGACGCAGUGCGGAGGGGAGCGCCACCUUCUGGAGGGAGCAGGCGCAGGCAGAGGUGCAGCGGCGGAGACAUCUCCACAGCGUGGAACCUGGGCGUCACGCGCGCAACGUGGUUAUGUUCCUGGGGGACGGCAUGUCGGUGGCCACGCUUACGGCCGCUCGCACGUUACUGGGCCAGCGACGGAACCACACGGGCGAGGAGGAACAACUGGCUUUCGAGGCUUUCCCUACCACUGGCCUUGCAAAGACGUAUUGCGUUGAUUCUCAAAUAGCGGACUCUGCGUGCACGGCCAGUGCGUACCUGUGUGGGGUGAAGGCCAACCUGGGCACCAUCGGGCUGAGCGGUGACGUCACGCGCCGGGACUGCCGCUCGUCGCUCGAGCCGCGCUCGCGCCUCGAGUCGGUCGCCGCGUGGGCGCUCGCCGACGGCAGAGACGCCGGUAUAGUGACAACUACACGCGUGACACACGCGUCUCCUGCCGGUGCGUUCGCCCGUACGGCUGACAGAGACUGGGAGAGUGAUGCGGCCGUCCUCGCAGCAUCGGUCAGCCCUGACGUGUGUCCCGACAUCGCCUAUCAACUAGUCCAUUCACAUCCCGGUAAUCAAUUUAAGGUGAUUUUGGGAGGAGGUCGAAGAGAAUUCUUACCACAAGAUGCUAUCGACGAAGAAGGAUCACCAGGUAAAAGACUAGAUGGUCGAAAUUUAAUUGAAGAUUGGCAAAGCAAUAAAAUAACACAAAAUGCUUCUUAUCAAUACGUCUGGAAUCGUGAUCAAUUAUUAAAGAUAAAUGAAGAUCUACCCGACUAUAUUUUGGGGUUGUUUGAGAGUAGUCACAUGCAGUACCACAUGGAGGCGGACUCCAGCUCUGAGCCGACCCUGGCUGAACUGACGGAGACCGCCAUCCGGUCACUCUCUCGGAACGAGAGGGGAUUCUUCUUGUUCGUUGAGGGAGGUCGUAUAGAUCACGCCCACCACGAGAAUAUGGUAGGGUUAGCUCUGGACGAGACCAUCGAGCUGAGCCGGGCGGUGAACCGCGCCACCGAGCUGCUCUCCGAGGAGGACUCCCUCAUUGUAGUGACGUCAGACCAUGCGCACGUGAUGGCUUUCAACGGAUACUCUCAUCGCGGGGCCGACAUCCUGGGCGCGUCCGACGACGUGGGCGAUGACGGCGUGCCUUACAUGACGCUGUCUUACACCAACGGGCCGGGUCAUCGACCGCACACCGGUGGCUCUCGGGUUGACGUCACUGUUGAUCAUGAUUUUGGCUCGGCCGCGUGGCGCUCGCACGCGGACGUGCCGCUCGAGUCCGAGACGCACGGCGGCGAGGACGUGGCCGUGUUCGCACGCGGGCCGCACCACGCCGUGUUCUCCGGCCUGUAUGAGCAGCACCUUAUACCACACCUCAUGGCUAUGGUGGCUGACAUCCCGACCCCAAGCGAUGACACUCCUACUAACGCCUAAAAGUAAUCGAUCUACACGUAACUGAAACCACAUUGUAUCUAUACAGUUGUAUGUUAAAUAAAUUACCGUAUGAUAAAUAAA